GCUGUGUUUUUUAUUAGAAUGAAAGACAAGGCUACACUGUAUCCCCAUGUCCUUCCAACACGUUGUUACAUAAGGUGGAGAAUUGUUCUUUUACGGCAAAGGAAAAGAAGAUUUUACUUCAGGGAGUUCUUAAAGGACUGGGUGCUCUUCAUAAUCAUGGUAUUGUCCAUGGUGCACUUCAUCCUCUAGGUAUCUUCUACAGUCCAGAUGGACUUGGCAUUAUUGACACACCAGAUUUUUCUAGAAAUGAGGUGCAGAGACUUGCAGUGGGGACCACCACUCCAGUAAAUGGGAUCAGUUUCCAUUGCCCUGAGACUAUGUACAAGGAAGCACUGACUGUACAGAGUGAUGUGUAUAUCUUUGGUUGUCUAAUGCUCUGGUUGAUGUUUCCAACUCUCAAGUUUAUUGAGAGUCCAAAAGGAGUUCCUGAUCUUUCAGCUUUGAAUAUGGAUCUGAGGUCUUUUGAGUACUCCAUUAUCUGCUCUCUCCUGUUGAAGCAGACAGAUGAAGAACCUACAGUGCAUGACCUUUUAUCAUCUGAAUUUUUCACAUCAGUGGACUGCGAAGAACCUAUGAAUCCUAAAAGUGCUCUAACACAAGAUUUUUCUCAACAUGACUCUUGUGUUUUUCUAAGAAAUAGUAUUAAAAAUUCUUUGUAUGUUGAGGAACAUUAUGAACAACAGUUAAUUUCUUCAGAGCUUGGUGCCAUGAAAAACAGUGAUCAGUUUGGGAUAGAGUAUCAUGAUAUGGAACCAGACUGUGAUGAUAUAGCAGUAUUCAAUGCACUUAGAGAAAGUAUUGGGGGUGAGUCCAACUCCUUUCCAUGUGUUGAUCAGUGGGACCCUACUCUAGGCAUGGAUUUUCAUAAAGAGUUAUCAAAUGGUGAGAGAAGUCACACAGACAUUGAUGAAAACCCUGAAGUUGAAGAUAAUGAGAGAAAAAAUCAGGUAGUUGAUGAAGUUAGAAAAGAUGAGAAUUAUGAAAAUAUUAGUGAAGGAAAAAACCAAAUAGAUGUUGAUGUAGGAGGUGAAAAAUCUGAGAAACAUGAAAGUAAUAGUGAUUUUACAACAGAGUUAUCAGCUAUUUCUGUGAAUCAUUCAGUAGAACUUUACUCUAUGAAUGAAUGUGAUGUAGAACAUGUAACUGAAAUACAAGUGACAAACAAUACAAGUCAUUUGCCUCAUGUAUCUGAUGAAAUAGAAAAACAUGGAAAUCUGUAACACCUUUUGUGAGGUUUUUACUUUUUUCGCUUGUUCUAUCCAUGCAAGAUGUUUUCCUUCAUAAUCACUUUUUAUUUUUAUAUCCAACUAUACUUGGUAUAAUUUGAAAAAAGUACUAAAAAUACACAUGAGUUGAAGUUCUUGUAAGGAUUGUGAGAUUUGGUAUCUGUAUAUGAAUUGUAUUAGAUGUUUGUCCAGUUAUUUAGUACAGUUUUUAAGUUAGUUUUAUUUUACUUACACUAUAACUUUUUUUGUCUAGAUGAAGCCCAAGUUUUCAGAACAUGGUAAAAGUAGUAAAUUAUGUGUACGUGAAAUAAAAUAAAUAUUUCAUUCUGAAAUAGUUCAAACAUGUUAGAAGUAAGCAGUGUCAGGCCAGAGUAAUUGAAGACAAAAUUAGAUUAAUAAAAGCAUGCAAAGAAAUAAGCAGUUUAUUUUUUAAUGAAGCAAGAGCUCUAUAAAUGUCUUUAAAAUGUCCAAACCAUCUAUCUAUACAUGCACAUAUGUUUCUGUAUUAACAAACAUAUGAAUAAAAUCUUUACAAAAGUUGGGAAUAGUGUCUAUACCCAAGUUUUCAUGCUCUGUUUAUAUGCUGGAAGUGCAGUGAAACAUUUUGUAGUAUAUUGUAAUUGGUUCAUUCAGGCUGCUUUCUUAAAGAAUAUUCUGCAACCCACUAUUUUAUGUUUUCAAAUAACUUGAAUACUUGUUAAAUUAGUUAAUGUUUAAAAGAUUUAUUUCAGAUUAUUUUCUAUUUUUGUGUGAAGUGGUAUUACUGAAGAAACAAACACAUUUACAUAUAAAAAAUACUGAUCUUAUCCUCACUUCAAUUUAGCACAAUAACUAAAAUAAAUCAGUGAAAUUGAAUUUUUAUACAAUAAACGACUUUUGAAAUGUACUUGUCAGUUGAUAAGGUACAACAAUAAGUAAACGUAACCAGCAUUUUGAAUGUUGUAGUUAGCCAACCUACUACAUAAAUUAAGGGAUAUUAAAACCUUUGCUGUUACAUAUAUUCAUAGUAGCUUCUUAUAUGCUGUUUAUGCAAAAAUUGUUCUUAUGUAAUAUUUUCCCGCUAAACAGACAUUAGGUUUUUUGUACAUAAAUGAGAUUUGUGUAAAACUUUAUCACUUGCUAUGGCAAAUAUUUAACACAAUAAUGAACAUCAGAUUGCUAAUGCAGAAUUAAAUGCAAAAGACAUGAAUGUUUAAAUGUGUAUGAAUUAGCUGUUUGUAAGAAUGUGAGUGUGUGUGCAUAUAUAUCUGUGUAUUUGUGUAUAAAUACAUAUGCACACACACAGAGUAUAAACCUGUGAAACAAUCAACUAAUAAUAUGGACACUUACUCUCUGGCUUUAUAUGGUGGUUAGUUAAACAGCAGUGUUAAAGUACAAGUAAUAGCUUUUAUGUUAAUAUUCAAAAAUUUAGUGUGUGUGUCUCUCUCUCUCUCUAUAUAUAUAUAUAUAUAUAUAUAUAUAUAUACACACACACACCAUUCAAAAGUUUGGAAUCAGACAUGUGCAAAUACAAGAUGAAUUAAUUAUUUUCACUCAGUCAUUAGAUUUAUAAAAGUAACCACCUUUGGCCAUAAUGACACCUUUAUUUUUUUUUUGCAACACACUUUCAGUCAGGUUACCAAAAUAUUCAGGUUUUAGGACAUUCCAGGGCCUAUGGAUAUUUAGUUGUGACAUUACAUAUAAUUGUACUUUUUACGUGUUUGUAGAUUUCAUCCCACACCAGUUCAGUUAGAUGAUAAGUUUAAUGAUUGUGAUUUUUAACUCAUGUUUUAAAGGUACACCUUGACGUUUUGCCUUUAAUAUAGCCUCAACAUAGUUUAGAUACAUGCUUCAGAUUAUUUUACUAUUAGAAUAUGAAACCUUGGCCCGAAAGUCUAGCGAUAGAUGGUACAGCAUGUGUUUUUAGAAUACUGUUGUAAUUCUCUUUACACAUUGCACCAAUAACUUUUUAAAUCACAUGUAUUUGUGCUUAGCUGUAGGAAGUUUCCAAGCUAUUCUUUUUAUCUUUGGUAUUGAUUGGUAUUAAGGUACAUUUUGAUCACUUUGAUGAUUCUCAUGUCAUCUCCAAAAAUGUUUAUUUUCAAACUCUUGAGUGGUAUUGUGUGUGUGUGUGUAAAUUACUUUGUGGUUUUAUUUCAACAUUGUAAAGUAUGCCCAAUUUUUUUGCAGAUUUUGCUAACAUUUAUUUCAUGGAUGAGGUUAAUAUAGUGAUCUGUGUGAGAAAAGCACUACUACUUGGUUGCAGAAAUGCAUACAGUAUUGCUUAAUAUUUCCCUGUUGGUUGUUGAUAUGUGUAGUGAUUGUCCUGAACAAAGUAAGCCCUAUGGUAUAGUUAAUUAUGUAACCAAGUCAAUUUAAUACAAGUUUCUUUUUUUGUAAACUAUAAACAAAUUUAUUUCUCUACCUUUCCUUGUUGUGUAUUUUUCAUUUAUAUGAGACAAGGUGAUCUCAUUAAUUUGUUCUUCAAAUUUUGUCUAUAAGUAUACCAAAAUUACAAUCAAAAUUUAUAGCCAUUUAGAAAUAUUUCAAGUACACAUGGAAAAUAAAAAAGAUGGUAUUAAUGAAAUGUACAUGUAUGUUUGUGUACAUUUAUAGUGGGAUGGCUUAGCUACAACAUGAAUAAUUAGGUAGAUUUGUUCUUAUAUAUAUAUAUAUAUAUAUAUGUACUGUAAAAAUUAUUUAAAGAAUGACUGUUAUGAGUGGGCUUUGUAAAACAUGCAAAUUAUAAUUUGUGUUUUCAGAGAAGAAUUGUACCAUAAACCUAUUCAGCAUCUUAUUUUGUUCAUGAUUUUGCAUUUAAUCUCUUUAUCUACAAUUUAUAAUGCCUAUGACUGGCUUCAUAGCUCAUAUUUGUGUAUCACAUGGAAAAUACAGAUUUUGGUAUAGGUCUAAGUUUCCAUUGUAUUAAAAACCUGUUUCUUAAUAUUGUAAUUAAAGAAGUUGCAUAUUCA